AUGGGCUCAACGCUGUCUCUGCCCCCCGCCGCCGACAACGCCGUCAACGCCGAGCGCCGCCGGGUCACGCCGGCCUCGGCGCCUGCAGUCAAAACACCACCAUCAUCAUCACCACCAAGCGACGGCGACAGCGAUAGCGACAAUGGCGCAACGCAAACGGCCUCAGCGGCAGCUAUCCAGGCACAGCAAUUAACCCCGCCUCCCUCGCCGCCGUCCCCCUCCGCAUACACAUUUCCCGCCGCCAAGCUCAAGCGCCGCCUCACCCAGCCCGGCAAGACGCCCCUCGUCCUCGUCGCCUGCGGCAGCUUCUCGCCCAUCACCAAGCUGCACGUGCAAAUGUUUGAGCUAGCGGCGCGACACGUCCCGCGGACCGAGUUUGAGAUUGUCGGCAACUAUCUAAGUCCUUGCAGCGACGCCUACAACAAGGCAUCCCUCGUGCCCGCCCACCAUCGCCUGCAGAUGUGUUCCCUCGCCGUCGACGGCCUCCCCAUCCACGUCGACGACUGGGAGGCCACGCGCGUCGACGCCGCCGGCCGCCCGCUCUACAGCCGCACCGCCGACGUCCUGCGGCACUUUGACUCGGCCAUCAACGACGACCUCGGCGGCAUCCAGGCUGCCACCGACGGCACCGCAUCGCCCCUGCGCGCCCGCAUCGUCCUGCUCAUCGGCGCCGACCUCGCCCUCACCAUGAGCAACCCGCGCGUCUGGGCGCCCGCCGACAUCGACGUCCUGCUCGGGUACUACGGCGCCUUCGUCGUCGAGCGCCCCCACCAGUGCGACGUCCGCGACGCCAUCGCGCCGCUGCGCAGGUACAGGCACAACAUCUGGGUCGUCGAUGCCUUCGAGAACGACGUCAGCUCGACAAAGGUUCGCGCCCAAAUACAGAAUCGCGAGCAGUCCAUGGACAUUCCCGGCGCCGUCUUCAAGUACAUCAAGUUGCAUCGUCUAUACCUCGAGUAG